GGCACCCGUACAUCCCCAGUAAAGUCGGACGUGUAUCUAACUGGUUCCUCAACGUCAAACAGGAAGUCACCGACCAAACAGCUGCGACCUGAAUGAAUCCUCUGUGCUGUCGCUUGAUCGCAACCUGUUGUUUUGAGACGAUUUACUGAUGAAUUUAAAAGAUGGCUUCCGACUUAACGUUAUACUUAGACAACCAUCAACAGUACCCCGUGAUGGACGACGAGACGGGCUCCAUGUCCAUCGACCACGGAGGAGAGUGGGACAUUAGCCUGUUUGAUGAGCUGGACGACCUGGGGGAUGCGGAUGAGCUGUUUCAGGCCCUGCUGCACGCUGGCUGUGCCAGCGAGGUUCCAACCAUUGACUUUGAUAUCGACAUACCGUUGUGGUAUGACGUGGACACCAACAGCACCUGCACAGAUGGUGAGGUGAGCGUGGACUCUCUGUCACCUGCCCACACUCUGAGCUCUGUCCCCUCUCCUGGCUCUGUGGAAGUCCCGUCCCCAUACUACUUCCAAGACGAAGCCAUGUCUCCGCAAUCGCAGCCCUCUCCUGUUUCAGUCUGCUCAGAGUCCAGCGGCCUUUCUGCGAUCUCUCCCCCGGCUAAGAAAGCUCCAAAGAGGAACAACCCGAACGCCCAAGCCAGACAAGCUCAUCCAAUCAAGAGGCCGAUUCCGAUUGGCCCGAAGAUUUCCAUCCAACCGAAACCGCUGAUUACAGCUGUGCCUCUGGCAGCUCCCCUGCAGGCCAAGACGAUCAUCAUCCAGCCCCUGCAGACCGCUGUGCUGCCUCUGGUCAAACAAAUCCCAAUCAACAUCCAACCAGCGCCCCCUCCAGGACGUCCCAUCGUGCUGUCUCAGCCCAGCCAGGUGCUUCACAUCCAGGCACCACAGGCUGUCACCGCCAACGUGGUCGCCAUGCCGAUGUUCACCCAGGACAGGCCCGUGCCAGUCGCUGCUCCUCCAGCGGUCUCUGUCACGCUGCGAGCCCCCUCCUCGGAUGACGAUUCGAAGGUGGGCCAGAGGAAGCAGCGCAUGAUAAAGAACCGCGAGUCGGCAUCCCUGUCUCGGAAGAAGAAGAAAGACUACUUGCUCACGCUGGAGGCUCGCCUGAAUCUGGCGUUGUCCGAGAAUGAAUCGCUCAAGAGUGAAAAUGGCAACCUCAAGAAGCAGCUGGAGGGCCUGCUGUGUGAGAACACCGUGCUGAAGGUGACCGCCCCCAAGAGGAGAGCCGUGUGUCUCAUGGUGGUGUUGAUGUUCGUCAUGCUCAACGUUGGACCAAUGAGUCUGUUACAGGGCGGCUCCAAGCUCGGAGUUAUCUCCGUGCAGCACGGCGGCAGACACCUGUUGGGGUUCUCCUCCGAGGCAGAAACCGAGGUUGUGAUGGGCCCCGAUCCCCUCGCCGGUGGCCCCUCUGAGACGGCCGACAGCUCUGAGGAUAAGGCCCUGAUGGUGUUGAAGGAUCCUAUCUUCCUCAGACCACCUCCGCCCUGCCAGCCUCCCGUUAACACCACAAAGUGCUUAGAGUUAACCCAUGAGUUGAGGGGUUGGGUCCACCGUCAUGAAGUGCACCAGACAAAAUCCAGGCGCAUGAGUAACGGCAAUCACAAGCCCACCAGGAGCAUUCUGAAAGCAGAGAAUAAGGAGAGUGCCCAGAUUGUGACGGUCCAAUACACAGAAACAUCUGAGGAAAAGAAUCUUGGCAGUGAGCUGCAGGUGUACUACGCACCUCAUCACACCUACAGGGACUUCUUUGACGAGCUCAAUCGCCGCGGCGACACUUUCUAUGUAGUGUCUUUCCGCAGGGAUCAUCUUCUACUUCCUGCCACCAGACACAACAAAGGAAGUCGACCCAAGAUGUCUCUGGUGUUGCCAGCCAUGAACAUAAACGACAGCACCAUAAGGGACAAGGACUACGAGGUGAUGAUGCAGAUCGACUGUGAAGUGACGGACACCAGGAUCCUCCACAUCCGGUCGUCCAGCAUCCCGGCGUUGCUCCGGGUCAACCGCACGCAGGCGUUUUACGAGCACUCCUCGACUGACAGCCAGGCCCCGCCUCCCGUCGGUGUGCUUAUGGGGUCUGCUUAACAUCACCUGUUAUUGUUUAUAAACUCCUCGACUGGAUCCGUGAAGACACACGAUGAGAUCUCAGUUGACACCUUUUCUUUUGGUGCGUGUGAAGACGUACGGUUCAGAUCUGUUGAACACCCACUGACUUGAUUUUUAUAUUUUAAUGAAAUGCAGAGGUAGCUCAAAUUGUCAGCACCAGUCAGCCGCAUUCUUAAUUCGGGCUGAUAUCCGGGGGCCGUCUGUGAUGGGGUCCGAGCAGACGCUUGCUCCUUGUGUGGCAACACUGACUUCCCCCUGUAACCCCAGAUGCAACACAUAAGGGUAAUUGCUUAACGGCAGGGGGCUGAGCAUUGAACCCUGAGUCACCCCGUCAUAACACAAAUACUUUCGCCCCAUAGCAGCGCUCCUCAAGUCUCCGCUUUUUCUUUUUGGGUCCUUAAUUUUGGGAGCGAGCUGCAAAGCCAGCGGAGAAAACAGAAAAGGAUUAUACACAGAAGAUUGAUCUCAUUUGGAAGGCAUUUGUCUUUGUAAGGGCUGUAACGGUCUCUCUUACUCACUUGUAGUCUGUUGGCCUCUCUAAAUACAAAGCAUUGUGAAAACAGUGAAACGGGAACGGAGGCCGGAUUAAUUAGACGCCGCAACUCGAGGCAUUCAGUAAACUCAGGAAGUCAGGUGAUCUGUGAAAGCUAGCAGGCUAACCACGAAGGUGUUUGCUGGUUUCCAUUCAUUCACGGUUUCAAGUGCUCCGUUUUUUCCAGUUUUGGGUUCUUUGCACUGUGCCUUUCUUAUGUUAUUGAACAGAUUCAGAUACUGUACAUAUUUAUUUAUAAUAUUAUGUAACAGUAAAGCCAACUCCUGCGCCAAGAGGCAAUUCCCCUCUUUUUUUUUGCGGUCGAGAUGUAUUCCCUCAAGAUUCAUUGUAAAGUCAAUGAAUCUUGACUUUACAUAUUCUCUAUUUGUCUGAUUUAUACUUUGUGGGAGCUUUAUAAUCCUAGUUUAUUCACCAAAACAAAAUGACUGAAUUGUAUAUAAAAUGACAAAUAGUGGAUUGAAAGGAAACAUUAAAUAUUGGCACUAUAGGGUAUUUCUCACUGGCUAGCCAUCCCAAGGUUUUAUUCCAAACAUUAUCUGGACAUUGAAAUCCAAAUCUGGUGAAAAGCAGUUUGAGUCCUGACGGGAUAAAUUGUACUUUUAUUUUGUGCACUUGAACCUAUAUUGAAAUUGCAACCUACUAGAAAAUGUCAAUUAUUAGUUUUAGUACUAAUUUGUUGUAAAGAUUUGCACUAUAUAAGACUAUAUAAGAAAUGAUACAUGAUCAAAAUAUGUACUUCUUUGUGUAUGUUGAUAAAGCAACAUACUAUACUUUCUUUUAGCUAUAUGUUUGUAAAGAUUGUUAUGCUUUAGCUCAACAAAUGACCAUAAACAUAUGUCCUUUUUCUUGAGCCAGGCCAUUGCUUUGUGUGUGUGUGUGUGUGUGUGUGUGUGU